AUGAACGAUUAUUUUGUGGAGAAUCCGGUCUUCAAUGCCGAAACAUUUAGAGAUCAGUUUCAUUUACCAAAAGAUUUAUUUUUAAAGAUUGUUGGAGACAUCGAAGCAACUGAAGAAUGGUUUCAAGAACGUUACGAUGGGUGGGGCAAACAAAGUUUCAUGCCGAUACAAAAAUGCACAUCCACCAUUGGCCAACUAGUGACAGGUUCAAACAACGAUAUCAAUGUUUUGCACACGUCGUCGUUGUUUCAAACCGUAACGGAUUGUACCGCACCCUACUGUCCAUUCUAUGUUAACAGAAGAUAUUACAGACGAGGCUUUCUUCUUGUGGAUGGUAUCUACCCAUCAUGGUUUCAAGAAUCGGAAAGAAAAGAUGUUGAGAGGGCUUUUGAUGUUUUAAAUGGUAGAUGGGGCAUACUAAACCGACCGAUUCGUGCGAUGAAUAAGAAAACAAUGCAUAGCAUAGUAUAUGCAUGUAUCAUAUUGCACAUUUUGCUAAUCAAAGAAGACAGACGUGCAAUAUCUCCAGAUUGGUCACCGGAUCCUCCUACACAAGUUCCCGUUCCCGAAAAUAUCCAACAAGACUUGCGUGAUGAAGAAAUUCACUUUCGGUUGAGAUACGAUUUAAUUGAACUUGUAGGUUCUUUAGGUUUGGAAUUUCCUGAUUUGGACGAGGAGUAG